CGCGCGUACACACACACACACCCGCCGACGCCAUGGGCUGCUGCUGUGACAGGAGGUGCGGGCUGAUCUCGGGAGCUGUGUUUGGGGCGUUGGUGGCUGUACUUGGAGGCAUCCUUAUCCCCCUAGGAAACAAUGUCAUUAAGGACACAGUGGAGAAGGAGGCUGUCAUCGAGCCUGGCACAACAGCCUAUGACAACUGGGUGUCCGCUGGGGCAGUGGUGUAUCGACAGUUCUGGUUGUUUGACGUGAAGAACCCCCUGGAGGUGCUUGAGCAUGGAGCCAAGCCUGUGGUCAUGGAGAGGGGACCCUAUGCGUACAAGACCAGGUACUUGGCAAAAGAGAACAUAACAGCCUUUCCCAACCACACUGUGUCCUACUUGCUGCCAGCGGGGGCCAUCUUUGAUCCCUCAAUGUCUGUGGGACCAGAGGAGGACAUGGUCACUACCCUCAACUUGGCUGUGGCUGGUGCGUACACACUGAUUCCUAAGCCGUUUCACCUGGUUUUGGAAACGCUCAUCAAGAACAACAACGCCUCUCUCUUCCAGCGCCGCUCAGUCAAGGACCUUCUCUGGGGUUACACCGACCCCAUCCUUAAGGGAACUGUGGGCAUUUUUGCCCCAUACAACGAUACCUAUGAUGGACCCUACAAUAUCUUCACAGGGAAGGACGAUAUCUCCAAAGUCUCCACCAUUGACAUGUUUCAGGGUAUGAAGACCGUGCCUUACUGGAAUGACAAAUACUGCAACAUGAUCAAUGGCACAGAUGCAUCCUCGUUUUCUCCGUUUCUGGACAAGAAGAAGCCUUUGUUCUUCUUUGUCUCAGACAUCUGCAGGUCUGUGUCUGCCCAGUAUGAGUCCAGCCAGGACCUAAAGGGGAUCCAGGUGUACCGCUACACUCUGAAUGAGAAGACUCUAGCUGCCCCCUCCAUCAACCCUGACAACCAGUGUUACUGCAAGGACAUUCUGUCCACCAAAAACUGCACCGUAGGAGGAGUCCUUGGCGUCGGUGCAUGCCGUGACGGAACUCCGGUCUACAUCUCUCUACCCCAUUUCCUGUACGGCACUCCUAGCCUGACAGAGGAUGUACUGGGCCUGAGUCCUUCCAUAGAGCACCACUUCACAUACCUGGAUGUAGAGCCAACCACAGGCUUCACUCUGAGGUUUGCCAAGAGGCUUCAGGUCAACAUGAUGUAUGGACCCUCAAAGGUUAUCACUGUGUUGAAAAAAGUGAAGGAUUACACCAUAUUCCCUUUAGUUUGGUUAAAUGAGACUGCAUCGCUCGAUGAUGAGACCGCAGACAUCUUUAAGAAAGAGCUGCUGUCCCGUGUCCAGCUGCUGGACAUGGUGCAGAAAUCUCUGAUAGGCAUAGGGACAGCCAUAUUUGUUCUCUGUACGGUGGGGUACUGUAUAAUAAGACGAAACAACAGCAAAUUUGUGUGAGCUUAAGUUCCACAAUCUAUGAAUGGUAUAGAAGUCAACAAGCUGCUAUAGUGCCUCUGACCUAUUUUGACAAAUAUGUAGCCAUUUUUGUAAUUUUAGCAUAUAAUGCUAAUAUAAUGUUUAUAAUGUCCAAAAGCAUUGCUUUGAUACACAGAGGAACUAAUGUGAGAAUUUCAAAUGAUUUGUCAAUAGCGUUGUUUUAAACAUUGUUAAUGUGUUUGGUAUGUUCAACUUUUUGCUAAAAUCCUAAUGUAGUUGGGGAUUUGUAGAUGAGGCUUCCCCUAAUGUGACUGGACUGUUAAUGUGAUUCUCUGUGCUGGAUUCCCACUGUGAGAUAAAGGUACUCUGAUGGGGUGUUAACAUUCAGAUGAAAACAUGUAAAUGCAUUCAGUUCAAUGUUGAACUGUGAGUCAUAAGUAUUAUUAAAAGGAAAAUCGUUUCUUUUUUUCAUUUUAUGCUGUACUCAAAGGAUCUUUUAAAGGUCUUAACACGGCACAAUUUUCAAUCCAAACCA